UUUAUAGCUGUCAGUCAGUCAUUGACACAAUAAAUAUAAACACGCAAACUUCUUAGAUUUUAUUUAUAUGAUCAAACAUAAGUCUAUACGAUCUGUGAUCAAACUGUAACUACCCUUGAAAGGACGUGUGAUUUGUUUUUAAUAAUUCUUCAUAAACCUACAACUUUCCAGUUAUAAAUAAAACCCGUUUAUAACUUUGUGAUUAUUCUAAUCUUAUCGUGUUAAUUUAUACAUAUACCUAUUUUUUGCAUAUUAGUUUCAGUAUCGGUCUUGUUCGUGUUAGCGUUCAAUCGUACUUACGAGACGUCGGGCGUGUUUACAAUAUUUUAUGUGAAUGUUUUGAUGUGAAAUAAAUUAUAAUGAACUUAUCGUUCGCUGGUUGUGGUUUCCUUGGGAUCUACCAUGUCGGUGUAGCAGUGUGUUUUAAAAAAUAUGCUCCACACUUGCUGCUAGGCAAAAUAUCUGGCGCCUCUUUUGGCGCACUUUCUGCCUGCUGCCUAUUGUGUGAUCUCCCCAUUGGUGAGCUCACGACAGACGUCUUGAGAGUUGUGGGUGAAGCAAGAAAAGGCUCUCUGGGCCCCUUCAGCCCCUCCUUCAAUAUACAGAAUGUUCUGCUCGAAGGGCUGGAGAGGUACCUGCCACAGGAUGUCCACAAGAUUGUCAGUGGUCGGCUUCACAUAUCACUAACGAGGGUGUACGAUGGACAGAAUGUGAUAGUUUCUGAAUUCCCUACCAGAGAAGACCUCAUGCAGGCGCUGCUAGCAUCUUGCUUCGUGCCAGUAUUUUCCGGUAUGCUGCCGCCUCAGUUCCACGGCAUCAGGUACAUGGAUGGCGGUUUCAGCGACAACCUCCCGGUGUUGGACGAGAACACCAUCACAGUCAGUCCUUUCUGCGGGGAGAGUGAUAUAUGCCCCAGGGAUUUGAGCUCGCAGCUGUUUCACGUAAAUCUUGCAAACACAAGCAUUGAGCUGUCAAAGCAGAAUAUCAACAGAUUCGCACGGAUUCUGUUCCCACCGAAGCCCGAGGUGCUGAGCAACAUGUGCAAACAGGGCUUCGACGACGCCCUCCGAUUCCUGCACAGGAACAACAUGAUCUCGUGCACUAGAUGCCUGGCGGUGCAGUCCACUUUCCAACUGCAGGAUGUCCUGGACGACACCACCCAUGAAUAUGAUCCGGAAUGCGAGGAAUGCAAGACGCACAGACAGGAUGCACUAGUGGACAACUUACCUGACACUGUGAUGACCAUAUUCCAAAAUGCCAUAGACACGGCCAACAGUGGUAUAGUGAACUGGGUGAUGAGACAGAGGGCAGUCCGGUUCCUGUCUCCUGUACUUCCAGUGCUCACGCUACCGUAUCGAGUGCCCAUCGACGUCAUGUAUGCUACAUUCACCAAGUUCGUAACAUGCACACCGAAGAUGAGCAAGUCGUUAUGGAGUCUCAGCUGGAGCUUGCUGCAGCAGCUUCACGGGUUCGUGUACUCGGCCGAGGAUAAAUCUAAAGCCGCUGCAAAUAUAUACUACAAGCUCACGAUGGACUCAAAGAAGGAAGCCAUUGAGGGUUACCAGCACGAGAGAAGACGCGCCAGCCAGCUGCGGGUGACGUACAGUGACCGGGCUGCGCAAGACGAUACCGACUCGUUCGAUCAUAUCCUCAACGUGACGUCACAGAAUGAUGCUCUCCUGGCUUACUACUACCUGGACAGCGAUUACAAGAUGAAAAUGACUGAAAUAUACGACGUGACUGAAGCCGAUACCGACGCGGUACAGUCGCCCACAGAGCGAGCAGUGAACAAACAACUCGAGUUCGACAACGACUGGUCUGCGGAGCUCAUGGGCGACAAUGAUGACUUAAACUUGGAUGACGACGACGCACUAGAUGACCGGAAUAUCUUCUCGGACCCUGAGAGCGAGUGGAAUGGCCGGCUGUCCCCAAGCAGCGUGGAGAGCGACGGUGAACAGCCAGAGUCUGACCAGAGAUUAUUAGAACACAUAGACUGCGAGAGAUUGGCAAAAACGGUGAAUAAGCGCGCAGUCAUUCUAACGAACUUUAUGUUGACGAACCUUGUCGAAGCGACCUCACAGUUGCUGUCCAAUACUACGCUUUUAUCUGUGCUGUUGUUGGAAGGCCUGCCCUUGAAGAUACCAUAUUUGAAUCCGUUGUGCGAGGCAUUACUGGCUAAUAAUUCCCUACAACAUCUGUACUUACCGCGGUGCCUCAUCGGUGACGCUGGAUGCCUUGCUGUCUGUAAAGCCGUCAGGUGUCUUCCCAACAUUCUGACCCUUGAUCUCAGCGGGUGUGAACUGACACCAUUAGGAGCCGGCUAUAUAGCUGAUUUAAUUAAGUAUCAAAAGAUUCACCGUUAUAGUGAAAAUUGGACGCAUACAUUGCGAUAUCGGCUUCCCGAGUUGGAUGCGAUGGCAGGCCUCCGACGUAUCACGCUCUGUGGGAACACCCAGCUCGGAGACGCCGGUGUCAGCAGGCUAUUUGAUGUCUUAGCUGAUGAUUUGUGGAUCAAAGCUUUGGACGUUCAAAACUGUGGUUUACGGGAACAAUCAGCCACAUGCGCCGUAGAAAUGAUGCGAUCUAAUACAACACUAGUGGUACUGGACUUACGACACAAUAUUGAUAUAUCGAGCGAAUCGCUGUCGAAAGUGAGAACAACGCUAAGGGAUAACGAGAGAGGAAUGUGCGGGCAGUAUUCGUGGCUCGGAAUUGUUAGUGGGACCUCAAGCGACGGCAGAUUGGUUAAAUCUCUUGCUUCCAAGAACGGUACCAAAGAAAGAAUGCAGAUUAUUUCUAAAAAUACACCCUCUAAAUAUACGAACAAAACGAGCAGUGUCAAGAAAGAUAAAGAGUACACGGAAGUGUUGGAAGAACAGCUCCAGGAGGAAAUAUCUCAUCGACAUCAGUUGGAAGAAUUAAAUCUGCAACUCGUAGACCAGAUGAAGCAGCUAAAACAGCAACAAAUAAGGCUAUGGGCAAAUGGCGCCACCUCUUCUGGUUCAGAGCAGUCAUUCCAAGCGAGCUCCAGAUCAGGGGAUAUCUCCAGCAGCUCAGGAUCGACCAGUUCCGUGCCCAUAGAUCAGAACACCCUCUCCUACAUACAACAAGCUUUCAAGGAUAUUUAUACGUUCAUUAAGAAUAAUCAAUGUCACGGCCAAUGUCUCCAAGAAACGAAUAGUAAAGAAAUAGAGGAACAACCAGACAUGACUGAUCUGACAGAGACGGAAGAAUUCGCGAAUAAACUUCACAUCAACAUAGUGCCCAAGAAGGCGCAAAGCUCGCACAUGAAAAUAAUAGAGAACGCAAAAGUAAAUAAAUCAACAAAGAGUGCACACUUGCUCGGAGACACCCAACGUGGCAGAGAUAAUGUAAAGAUGAAACCUGAAAUGAUUGAACGGCAAAUGGGUGACACGAUAACUUCUCACAUUGAAGAACAAGGUGUGAUUGAAGAAAUGAUCGCGGCCCACAUGAAGCCGAAAAAAAAUAGUGUAUGUGACAAGAGCAGCCCCUGUAGUAGUACAGUGAGUGACUCGUCGGCGACGCUGGUGUGUACGCCGCGACGCGCACUCCUCAUCAACCCACGUGACGCGCUCUACUCCUCCACUGACGACGAUAGCUCCUGAUCAUUUGUA